AUGUCGUAUAAUUCCGUCCACGUGGCCUAUUUUGCUACAGUACCUUAUCUGCAGAAGGUGACUCCGAGUCUUGAUAUCCGGGUCAACCUCAGCGGUCUCACUGCCACACAAUAUUCUGGAAGUCCGCCCUGUCAGCUGGCGGUGUCAUUGCACUCCGAUUCGUACUAUUUCCGGUGCAAAAUUCACAUUGAACGCCAAAUCCUAGUUUCUAGCGUAAGAUUUGAGGCAACUUCGUAUCGAACUACUGGUGUCGUCGGACUCAGGCUGAUGCUCAACGACGGCGUGCCCUGGCUGUUAUGGGCGACUGUUCAGGGCCUGUCAUCGGCUUACAUGCGGAGACUUCGAUAG